CAGGAAAUUAUAUGCUUUUAUUGAGGCUGGCUUUGCCUUCUACUGUACUGUCGAAGGAGGACACGUUUGACAACAACAUGGAUGAUUAAACAUAACUGACAAUUCAACAUAGGCUCGUAUACAGCAAUCUGCGAUCAUGACAAAUGUGUACUCUUUUGAUGGCAUCCUGGUGUUCGGGCUGCUCUUCAUCUGCACGUGUGCAUACCUCAAGAAAGUUCCCCGUCUCAACAGCUGGCUGCUGUCAGAGAAGAGAGGACUGUGGGGAGUGUUUUAUAAAGCCGCGGUGAUUGGAACCAGGCUCCACAUUGCCGUAGCGGUGUCCUGCAUGUCCAUGGCCUUCUACCUGGUCUUUUUAAAGUGACAAGUUUACUGGCUGGGAGGGUGUAGGACUGGCCUGAACUGGGCUUGACUGCUAAACCUUAAGAGACAUCGUUUGGACAAUGUAUGCAGUAACCCUCAAAGACCCUUUCUGAAACACAAGCAAAUACUGCCCCCUUCUGGUGUGUGAAUCAUUCUACCCCUCACCUCGCACCUAACGUCUCUGCAGACCACACCAUGUCAGUGGAUUCAGACGAGCUGCACAGUUAUGAUGGAGGGGAGGAAAACCAGACCGGGGUUGAAAUACUGCUGAAAUGGUUUAAGUGUGUUUGAAUCAGCUCCCCUAAUGCUCCAGCUCAGAAGCCUGUGCACUUCUUUUGGGAUAUUAUGUGCUGCGGGAGCUAAAUCAAACAUACCUCAUCACAUUUGAGAUGUUUUGAGCCAGUCUGGGUAGGGCUCUUCGGUGGUGGGUUAAUUUGUCAUUAUUGUCUGUUAAAUUUGUAUCGUCCCCCUCAUCUAUGAAUAAUACUGUCCAGAUAUGAGACUUGCUGAAGAAUGUUCAGGUACAGGAUGCAGAUGGGGGAGCUCCUUCAUGUUUAUUUACUAUAGAGACGCUGUGUACGCGGACCAGAUGUUCUACAUACGUUUCUUUCAUGGCACAACAGAGAGAAUUACACCACAUCUUGCAAGCCAAGUGUGAGUUGUUUUGUUUGAAUACCCUAUUCUAUGUCCUGAUAAUCUUCCUUAGUAGAGAGAAAUAAAAUAAAGAGCCAAGUUAAUAUAUGUACCUGUUGUUACUAUUAACAAUUUCUAAAUUUCUUGUGAUAAGUUGCUGCAUAAAGUCAGUUUUGUAUUAAAUGUUUCAUCCUCUCAAAAAUUGGUUUAACUAACCAAUCUGGCCUUGUAUAUCAAACCAUAUAACAAAUGUUGCCCUUGUUGUUUAGAUUCAAAGGUUUAAUGACCAUUCAAGACCAUUUAUAACAACGGAGCUGUACAUUGUUGUUACAUUUAGAGAAGCCUGUCUUAUGAAUGAAAGUAAAUAAACUGUAUGACUGUA